AAAAAAUAUAUAUGAUAAAUGUACUGAAAUUAUUAACGUAGCGAGCUGGGGAAGAAGAAAUAAUGGAGAAAACAACAAGAACUGAGACUAGUGCAUAUGCGUGUCCCGGAGAAGCCAUGCAUUCUCAGGUGCCGACGGUGAAGGAGACGACGGCGACGAGGACGACGUGGAAGGUGAUGGUGGCCAUCGACGACAGCGGCGAGAGUUUCAAUGCUCUUAAAUGGGCCAUCGACAAUUUGCUCCGCCGGAACUACCCUUCUGCCGCCACCGCCGCCGACGAGAUCCCGGCCGCGAUGGUUACAUUGGUUAAUGUCCAGCCUACUUUCGGGCCAAUCAUUUAUCCUCCUGGCCCAAACCCAGUGGAACUAACGCCUAUGAUGGUGGAAGCUGUGAAGAAAAGCCAAGAACAUAACGCGAGUGAAGUACUUUCUAGGGCCUUGCAAAUCUGCAGGGAAAAUAAGGUGAGGGCAGAAACGUUGAUUCUUGAAGGGGACGCAAAGGAUAGAAUUUGUGAGGCUGCUGAGGAGAUGCAUGUUGAUCUUCUUGUCGUGGGCAGUCGAGGCCUUGGCAAAAUCAAAAGGGCAUUUCUAGGAAGUGUGAGCGACUAUUGUGCACAUCAUGUGCAUUGCCCCAUUCUCAUAGUGAAGCCACCAUCCAAGGAACCCAAUCUGUAGAGCAUCAAUAUAAUUCAACCAUAUCUGGAAUAAUAUAUGAAGUUGCAUAGAAAAGACAACAAUAAUAAUAUAUAUAAUUAUUAUGUAUAUGUUUGUGACAACAAUAAUAUAUAUAAUUAUGUAUA